AUGGGGACUGGAAACGAGAUCUGCUUCUACCCCCAUGCCAACUACCUGGGGACAAAUCUGACCUACGAAGAGUGCUGCGGCGAUCCGCUGUCAGGAAUUGACUGCUUCGUCUCCCUCGGCGGCCUCUUCUCCUGGGACUUCUGUUGUGAGACACCGGAGCCGGACGCUUGUAGCUGGGAUCACAUCCUGGCUUCCGUCGCUGCAUCAACGGACGAGGUCGGCAGCACGCUCCUAGAGGCCCUGUACAGCUCCCCGAUGCUGCUGCGCGAGUUUUGCUGUGUGGUCCCGGGCGACGGCUCCCAUCCCUGCUGGCGCUUCUUCGCGAUGGAGCCCACGGAGUUGGUCCACAAUCCCUAUGUCCAGUGUUGCAACCCGAUUCUCCGGCGACUCCUGGCCCAAAAUCAGGAGGAGCCCUGGAUGCAGGUGGAGCUGGACCGGGAGUUCGCCCCUCUCGAGGGGAAGCGAUGGACCACUCGGGAGCUGCAGGAAUACCAGAAGGCUCAAGCGGAGGGCACCCGUCCUUGCCUCGUCUCUGUUCGAGGUGGAUACAACAUUACUGUGCACGACCGCCAGGAAUGCUGCCCCGAGCCCUUCUACGACUGCUCCUACAUCAUCGCCGUAGCCAGUGCUCUGUCCAUCGUGGGGAGACUGGAGGUCCUGCCCGAUGUGGAUCUCCUGGUGAGUCCGAGUAACACCAAUCGCGCCUUCGCCUCGGUCCCCGUCUUCACCCGACAUCGGCCCCGUGAGCCCAGGAGCCACUAUGUCCUUUUGCCAAUGGAGUGGCAGCUCUCUCCUGGCCAGGGGCGAAAGCAGACGGUGGCUGUGCAGCGCAGUGGUGCAGACACUCCCUGGGAGAACCGCCCCAGGAGUCUCUUCUGGCGCGGCUCCAACUCCAACUGUUUAGUUAGCUGCGACCUCCCGCGUGUCAGCGACGGCUUACAGGCCUUCGGCGACUGCCUCGAAUCCUACGACUGCCAGACACCUUGGUCUAUGUCGAACUGGCUGACGAUGCCCCGGGGCCGUUUGCUCCGGCUGUCGCAGCUUUACCCCGAACUCAUCAACGCGCGCUUCACCGGGAAGUCGCAGCAAAUGGAAGACGAGCUCUGGGACUUCUGCGUGGAGUCCAACCUCACCGACGAGUUUUCGAGCCAGCAGGAGCAGGGCUACUAUGGGUUUGCCAUCAACGUCGACGGUACCGGAAGCGGCGAUCGAACGUACUGGCAGAUCUUUGCUGGCUGUGUGGUCCUGGUGCAGGACAGCCCCUGGGUGUCUUGGCUCGUUGGGGAAAUCGGCGGGCCUGCCGCACUGGUGCCCGGAGAGCACUACAUCCCCAUCCGCCACCGGGCUUUGAUAGACUAA